AUGGAGCAGGCCCCGCUCACGCGCGUUUCGUGGCAGGAUCUGGAGUGGCUGCGCCACUUUCCGCUCAACCGUGACACGGUUCUCGACUAUUUUGCCAACUCGCAGGCGCGUGUCUUUUACGACCGAACCUGCCUCAACGAGCAGCUCAAUAUGCAGCAGGGGCUCAGCCGCGAGGAGAGGGCCGAGAUGCUCGAGCAGAUGAGUGGCAUCGAACUCCUACGCCGGCACACGUGCCUCUCCAUUGCCAUCGCCGCUGUGCCCGCCUGCGGUAGGUAUGCACUGGCCAAGGCGCAGGAGGCGCCCACUCUGAACUCGGUGCUGCGCUCUCGCCUGCUUCGCCUGUCCUGGCUGCUGGAGUCUGCCUUCGAGGCGGUCCGGGGUGUGACCGCGCCGCAGAGGGCGGGCGGCGAUGCGGGGCCGAAAGGGGGCGGCGCCACUGCGAUGGAUGUCGGAAGCUGA